GCGGACAUGUCAUCGCGCCGCACGCGGACAUGUCGUCGCGCCCCACGCGGACAUGUCGUCGUGCUACACACAGACAUCUCGUCGUGCUACACACAGACAUCUCGUCGUGCUACACGCAGACAUGUCGUCGUACUACACGCAGACAUGUCGUCGUGCUACACGCAGACAUGUCGUCGUGCUACACGCAGACAUCUCGUCGUGCUACACACACACAUGUCUGCGUGUAGCACGACGACAUGUCGUCGUGCCACACGCAGACAUGUCGUCGUGCCACACGCAGACAUCUCGUCGUGCCACACGCAGACAUGUCGUCGUGCCACACGCAGACAUGUCGUCGUGCCACACGCAGACAUCUCGUCGUGCCACACGCAGACAUCUCGUCGUGCCACACGCAGACAUCUCGUCGUGCCACACGCAGACAUCUCGUCGUGCCACACGCAGACAUCUCGUCGUGCCACACGCAGACAUCUCGUCGUGCCACACGCAGACAUGUCGUCGUGCCACACGCAGACAUGUCGUCGUGCCACACGCAGACAUCUCGUCGUGCCACACGCAGACAUGUCGUCGUGCCACACGCAGACAUGUCGUCGUGCCACACGCAGACAUCUCGUCGUGCCACACGCAGACAUCUCGUCGUGCCACACGCAGACAUGUCGUCGUGCCACACGCAGACAUGUCGUCGUGCCACACGCAGACAUCUCGUCGUGCCACACGCAGACAUGUCGUCGUGCCACACGCAGACAUCUCGUCGUGCCACACGCAGACAUGUCGUCGUGCCACACGCAGACAUGUCGUCGUGCCACACGCAGACAUCUCGUCGUGCCACACGCAGACAUCUCGUCGUGCCACACGCAGACAUCUCGUCGUGCCACACGCAGACAUCUCGUCGUGCCACACGCAGACAUGUCGUCGUGCCACACGCAGACAUGUCGUCGUGCCACACACAGACAUCUCGUCGUGCCACACACAGACAUGUCGUCGUGCUACACGCAGACAUGUCGUCGUGCUACACGCAGACAUCUCGUCGUGCCACACGCAGACAUCUCGUCGUGCCACACGCAGACAUGUCGUCGUGCUACACGCAGACAUCUCGUCGUGCCACACGCAGACAUCUCGUCGUGCCACACGCAGACAUGUCGUCGUGCCACACACAGACAUCUCGUCGUGCCACACACAGACAUCUCGUCGUGCCACACACAGACAUCUCGUCGUGCCACACUCAGACAUCUCGUCGUGCCACACGCAGACAUGUCGUCGUGCCACACGCAGACAUCUCGUCGUGCCACACGCAGACAUCUCGUCGUGCCACACACAGACAUCUCGUCGUGCCACACGCAGACAUCUCGUCGUGCCACACGCAGACAUCUCGUCGUGCCACACGCAGACAUGUCGUCGUGCUACACGCAGACAUCUCGUCGUGCCACACGCAGACAUCUCGUCGUGCCACACGCAGACAUGUCGUUGUGCCACACGCAGACAUCUCGUCGUGGAAGUGAAACCGUAAGAAAUGUGGAAAAUAUCUUCUGGUAUUAUUGAUUUCUUUGUUUUGUGAAAAGAGUAAGAAAAAGAGGUUAAACUGGUUCUGAGGAGAUGGUGGGACGGCGUGUGGAAAAGAGACCUGAGAGAUCUUUAGAAGUGGAACACAACAGAGGACUAUAAUCAUCUUAAACUUUGGUUAUCAGUGUUUCUGAUAAAGCACUUCUUGUUGGAUGGAGCUUCUCGUCAUGCAGGAGAAACGGCUGCCACACGGCAUGCAUAGAGAGGUGCAUCAUGGGAAGACUUCACACAGCCGGCAGGUCGUCGUUAGCUGCCGGCGGCGCGCUGCAGCUAACAUCACU